AUGUCAGAGGAAGAUGAUUCUUUUCUGAAUGUUAAAAGAUCUCUGAAAAAGAGAACGGUGAAACACAGCACCUCGGUGGACUCAGUGUUCUCAAGAACAACUCCAUCUUCUUUAGGUAUGACAAAUCAGUCAAUCAAGGACCAAGAUGCCACAAAGAGAGUUUAUGGCUCUCCAAUGCCAAAAUCAAAUCUAAGUAGAUCAUUAUCUCAAGUAACAUUAGUACGUGCUGAUGUAUACAUCCCUCCUAUUUCCCCAAGACCGCUUUCAACAGCAUUUGAUUUGCAAGAAGUAAAUAAAGAGAAAAGCCAGAGCUCUCGGCUUGUGUUUUCUAGAAGGAGGCUUUCCACUGUGUUGGCCUCUGAUGAAUCAAAUCAAGAGCCAGCUCACAAGAUUGUCCCAAACAUAGAAACUCAAGCUACCACCAGAGCAUUUAUGGAUGCUGCAGUAACUCCCAAGACUGAACCCUUACGUCUUGCUUCUGGAAUACCAGGGAUAAAAGACCCCCCAGUAGCAAAACCCAGAAAGAAGAAAAUUAAUAAAACUCUUCAGAGAAAGAAAGAUAGAGAAUGGCUGCUUCGUCAACUUAAAAACAUUGAGGAGGCAACUAAACAUGAAUUGACAAUUGAAGAAGCUUGA